AGACGGAGGAGUCUGGUUGGAUUUUGGACCCUGCAGAGAGUUCACGCUUCAGCGGCUCUCCACUGCUGACUGCCAUAUGUGUGUAUAUAUGUGUGUAAAUGUGUGUGUGUAUGUGUGUGUGUGUGUGUGUGUGUGUGUGUGUGUGUGUGUAUGUGUGUGUGUGUGUUUCCAAAGUGCUGUUUCUGAAGAGUUAUCGAGCAGGAUGUCUGAGCCACCCAAGCCGAGACCCGGGCAGGAAGCUGCUGUUUAUUUCUCCAGUCCUCUAAUGAGUGACGCUGAGGCGGACUGGUCUCCGAUACACAAUGCUGCUUUCAAUGGACGACUGCUGGCCUUACGCACUCUUAUUAAUCAGGGUGCUGUGGUGAAUCUUGCCACUCUGGAUGGAGUGACUCCUCUCCAUGCAGCUUCUCAGCAGGGACAUGGAGCCUGUGUUCAGCUGCUGAUUGAACGGGGAGCGAAUGUGAACACCUCCACGCUGAACUGCAGCACUCCUCUUUCUGAGGCUUCCGGCAAAGGUCACGUCACCAUUGUUAACCUGUUGCUCCAUCAUGGAGCUCAACCUCAGAGCUAAUGGUCCAUGCCAGAAGAGCCUCUGUGAGAAAAUAUCCGAAAAUCUGUGAAAGAAACAGGUUUCUACCAGGUGCUUUUUGGGUUCUGUUAAUUGAUUCAUUAUUUAGUGGAUUUAUGGUUUAUUUUAAUGGUCUUCUGUAGAUGCUCUGCAGACGACCAGCUUAUCAAUUACUAACUUUCACCCAAAUAUCUACAAAGGUUAUGUCUAAAACAAAAAAAAAUCAUCUUAAUGUCAGUGCUGUUGGGAAUGUAAUGAGUAAGAACUGAUAAUUUGUUGGGUAUCUGUUUAUCAUCUAUUGGGGACAGUCAAAAUAAAGUCAGUCCUAAUUUAUAUUAUAUAUUUUAUUUAUGCUGCACUUUAGUCAAGUGUAAUUUAUCUUCUAUUAGUUAUUGUAUUUUAGGAUUUACACUACCUAUACACACUAUAUACAGAUUUUGCACAAGUUAUACAAUAAAACGACUUAAUUUAAUUACCUUUA